CGUGUCCUCAAUCCUUAUUUUGUUCUGUCACUGAUAUAACCUUAAAGUCAAACAUAUUUAUGUUUGUAAUUAAUAUAUAGUGGAAUAUAAAAUUUAUUCAUUCUAAAAUAUAUAUUUUCGCAAACAAUGAGAGUUCUUGAACUUUAUAGCGGAAUCGGAGGAAUGCACUAUGCUUUCAAUGAAAGCAACGUGGAGGGAGAUAUAAUUGUAUCAAUUGAUGUAAAUACAGUCGCAAAUGAAGUCUACAGGCACAAUUUUCAAAAGACAAAAAAUUUCAGCCGAAACAUUCAAUCACUAAGUAUCGAUGAAAUAAGAAAAUUUAAUAUUGAUACAAUUUUAAUGAGUCCGCCUUGUCAACCAUUCACGAGGGUAGGACUAAAGAAAGACAGUUUAGACAAUAGAUCCGAAUCACUGCUACACAUUCUAAAAUUAAUACCUCAAAUUGAAACGCUAAAAUACAUAAUUGUCGAGAAUGUCAAAGGCUUCGAAGCCUCGAAUACAAGAAAUGAACUCGUCAAGUGCCUUGAAACGAAAUUUAAUUACAAAGAAUUAUUACUAAGUCCCUGUCAAUUCGGCGUUCCUAAUUCACGACAAAGAUAUUAUCUACUCGCAAAAAGAAAGGAUCUCAAUUUCUGUUUUAAAAAUCAAUCCCUAAUUAAUUCUCUUCCAGACGAGUUUCACAAAAUUCUACCAACAAGUCGUCAUCGAUUAUUAGCACUAAAAGACGGAUGUUUAACAGAAACAAAUUGUUACAAAUUACGACACAUCCUGGAUGAAGUGGUUGACGAAAAAUAUUUAAUUCCAGAGAAAACACUUCAAAAAUACGCCUCAAUUUUUGACAUAAGAAAUAAUAAUUCACAGGGAUCUUGUUGUUUCACAAAAGCAUAUGGACAUUACGUGGAGGGAACUGGUUCCGUAUUUUGUCCACAUUCUGAGGAAAUAAUAAAGGAGAAUUUCCUGAAACUGAAGAAUUGCAAAGAAGUGCCUUUAGAGGAAUUGCAACCUUUGAUUGAUUUAAAAUUACGUUACUUUACGCCUAAGGAAGUGUCGAGACUCAUGUGCUUUCCAGAGGAUUUUUCCUUUCCAAAUAGUAUCACCAAUAAACAAAGAUAUAGACUUUUGGGCAAUUCGAUUAAUGUUCAUGUCGUUAGUCAAUUGAUAUUUCUUUUAAACCACGAGGGCACAAUCAGCUGACACAGUUUUGGAAUUUAUUUUUAUAUUCUCUUAAUUUCCUUCCUAUCGAUUGUAAUACCUCAUUGCGAUUAAAAUAUUCAGGGUUGUCACAAAAA